AUGUUGGACACCAAGAAUUGCACAGUGACUCUGCAAGACAUUUACAAGGAAGAGUUCACCUCCUUUCUAGAGUUUGUUUACACGGCAGAAGUGGAGAUUGAAGCAGAAAAACUGCAGCGGAUGAAAGAAAUAGCUGAAAGGCUUGAAUGCAAGGAUUUGCUGGACAUAUGUGAAGAAGUGAAAGCCGAGGGCAGGAAGGGGUUGGAUUUAAGCCUUCAUCUGAAAGGUCAGCUGUGUGAAAACGGUGGGCCACAGUGGACACACAUCCAGAAAGAGGAGAACCACAAACUGAGUGACUCUUCCCAAGUUGUGGCAGUACCUGUGCAGAGGAAACUUUGGGAGAGGCAAAAACAUAAAAAGUUGCUUGCUAGCUACAAACUCACUGAAGGCAAAUCAGCAAGCCUGGAGCGGGAGGGCACUACUUUUCCACAACUAAAACCCAGCACAGCAAAGCUACUGAAAUGUGACAAGACAGAUCCUGGAAGCAGGCUUGGCAUGGAAAACGAUAACAGUCCUCUUCUCCUAAGUCAGACUGAGUCAAAUGAAGCCUGUGUGGUAAUUGGGAACACGCUGCCUGAGCGGUGGGAAGAUGAGAACAGUUUAAUUUCCAACUUUGCCCAUAAAGCAGCACAUAGGAAAUCCCAGCAGCAUGUGGCCAAAGUCUUGCCACAGAUUGCGUGCGAGAAGUGCAACGAGUCAUUCCGUGUCCUCAAGCAGUACCGGGCGCACAUGGAGCUGAAGCACAACGUGAACCUGACUGUCGAGCACAGCUGCAAGGCCUGUGAGCAGCUCUUCUCCACUCACCAGCACCUCCAGCAGCAUCGCCUCACUGCUCACCCUGAGCAGCAGGGAUUCUUCUGCAUGUUCUGUGACAAGAGGUUUAAGCGCCAGAAGGACAUACGCAACCAUAUCCGCAGGGUGCACGAGAAGAAGCGGGAUCCCCAGGCCUGCCCCUACUGCGAUAAGUUCAUCAGUUCCAAGUGCGGCCUGAAGGUCCACAUACGAACCCACACUGGAGAGAAGCCUUACAAAUGCCAGUGCUGCCCCGCCAGCUUUGCUCAGAGGUCUGCCUACAAUACUCAUGUCAGAAAAAUCCAUGAGUCUGGGCAAGAGAGGAAACUUCUGCCUGUCUAUUGGAUGGUGGUUCCACCGGCACAUAGACCAAACACAGCACGUUGUGACAAAGACCCUGACAGAGGGACGUGGGAUGGGAUGUCAGAGGCUGAAGGACAGAAGCGUGCGAGGCAUGAGGAGACUGGGAAUUGUGAGGAAGGAUCCAGGAGUUCAGCUGCUACCCAAACAGACUGUAGCAACGGGCAAGAAGAACGGAAGCGGAAUUAUGAGGAAGGUAAAGCAAGAAGUGAAAAAACAGGUGAAGAAGGGAAUGAAGAUGAAGGUGAAAUAAGCGUGAAGGGUGAGGAGGAGGUAGAUGAUGAAAUGGGGUAUUCUGAAGUUGAAGACAGUAGAGAUAAGGAGGAGGCCUGUACUGAGGAAGAUGAUGAGUACUCUAAUGAGAAGGAUGGUGAAGAACAUGAAUCAGAUGAAGAGUUUAAAAUUAAGAAGGUAAAUAAAAGUGGGGUGAAUAAGAAAUCUGCCUAUUUAAUAAGAUGCGAUAAGUGUAACGAGCAGUUUGUUUCCCGGAAAAAGUAUGUGGAUCACUGCAGGGAUGUCCACCAGUGCUUGCCUGGCAAGGUCUAUCAGUGUGACAUCUGCAGCAAGUCAUUUGCUAGCUACAACAGCUGGAAGGAGCACCGAGCCUGUGUCCACACUGAAGAGAGGCAAUUUGCCUGCACUCUCUGCAACGCCACUUUUAAAAGAAAGAGGGACGUGAGGACGCAUUACAUGCGGAAGCACGAAGGCAGAGUCAAACGGCCUCUCUGCUCUGUCUGCGGGAAGAUCCUUAGCUCCCGGACAGCGUUGGUCUUCCACAUGCGGACGCAUACGGGAGAAAAACCUUACGAAUGUGGCAUUUGUCAUUCCAAAUUUGCUCAGCCAUCACAGCUUAAGAUCCAUACCAGGUCCCACACAGGGGAAAAGCCAUAUAUUUGUGAGGACUGCGGGGCUUGCUUUGCUGAUAAAGGCAAACUCACUGGCCACAAAAGGACCCACACGGGAGAGCGCCUUUUUAAAUGCGAUGUGUGUGGAAAACAUUUAGCCACCAAUGAGUACUUAAAAUGCCACAAGCGGUGCCACAUGGGUGCCAAGCCCUACAAGUGCCAGGUGUGUGGGAAGACAUUUGGCCUGAGAGCCUCACUAGCCCAGCACAGCAACGUCCAUGCAGAGAGGCGGCCCUAUUUCUGCGAGCAGUGUGGGAAGACCUUCACCCAGCAGGGCGCGCUCCGCCGCCACCAGCGCAUCCACACCGGGGAGAAGCCCUACAAGUGCAGAGCUUGUGAGAGGACCUUCACCGACAUGUCCACCCUGCGCAGACACGUGUCGAUUCAUGAUCGCAACGCUCACUGGAGAAGUUUCUUGAUAGAUCUGACAACCAAAAAAGACCACAAUUGGUCCAAAAUAGAGACACUCUCGGAAGCCCGUGUGGGUGACGAUUCCGUGCCGGAAAUGUGGUCAGUGGACGAAGGUAAACUAUAA